GGGAAAUAACUUAUACAACACUGCAAUUAAAUUACUAAUUAGUGUGAUUUAUAGCCGGUCACUGACUCGUUUAUAUCAUAAUACGAAUAUCACAUCAAGUUGUCGUAAAAGAAAGUUCUUCAAUCAAAUGUGCCUUUGAUAUUUUUAUCAACUUUCAUCAAACUAAAGAAGACGAUAUAUUUAUAAGGAGCCUUCAUCAAUACAUCAUCCUAUUUAUAUAGAUAUUCUUUCAUAAUGAAUAAUUUAACUAAAUCUGAAAACCCUAAUACAAGUGAAAAACUGUAUUCCUGUGAUGUCUGUGGUAAAUCAUUCUCUGGAAGAAGUGACUUGACUAAACACAAAUGUACACAUGCUGGAGAGAAGCUAUUUCAUUGUGAUAUUUGUGGCAAAUCAUUCUACACAAGUGGUCAAUUGACUUGUCACAAAUGUAUUCAUACUGGAGUAAAGCCAUAUCAUUGUAGUAUCUGUGGUAAAUCAUUCUUUCAGAGUGGGAACUUGAAUAUACACAAACGUACACAUACAGGAGAGAAGCCAUAUCAUUGUGAUAUCUGUGGUAAAUCAUUCUCUCAAAGUGGUGCCUUAACUAGUCAUAGACGUAUUCAUACUGGGGAAAAACCACAUGACUGUGACGUCUGUGGUAAAUCAUUGUCUGGAAAGAGUGUCUUGACUAUUCACAAAGGUGUUCAUAUAGGAGAGAAGCCAUAUCAUUGCAAUACCUGUGGUAAAUCAUUCACUCAGAGUGGUGACUUGACUAAGCACAGACCUACGCAUACAGGAGAGAAGCCAUAUCAUUGUGAUAUUUGUGGUAAAUCAUUCUCACAAAGUGGUGAGUUGACAUCACACAAACGUACACAUACUGGAGAGAAGCCAUAUCCUUGUGAUAUUUGUGGUAAAUCAUUUUCUCAAAGUGGUGCCUUGACUAUUCACAAACGUAUUCAUACUGGGGAAAAACCAUAUGACUGUGAUAUCUGUGGUAAGUCAUUUUCUGCAAGUAGCAGUUUAACUCAACACAAACGCAUUCAUACAGGAGAGAAGCCAUAUCAUUGCGAUAUCUGUGGUAAAUCAUUCUCUUACAAGAAUGUCUUAAUUAAACACAGACGGACACAUACAGGAGAGAAGCCAUAUCAUUGUGAUAUUUGUGGUAAAUCAUUUUCUGAAAGUAGCAUUGUGACUAAACACAAACGUAGUCAUACAGGAGAGAAACCAUAUCAUUGUGAUAUCUGUGGUAAAUCAUUCUCUCAAAAUAAUAAUUUAGCUAAACACAAAAGCAUUCAUAUUGGGGAAAAACAAUAUCACUGUGGUAUCUGUGGUAAAUCAUUCUCCAGAAAUAGUAACAUGACUAGGCACAAACAUAUUCAUACAGGUGAGAAACCAUAUGAUUGUGGUAUCUGUGGUAAAUCCUUUUCUGGAACUAGUCACAAAUGUAUUUAUACAAGGGAGAAACCAUAUCACUGAUAUGUGUGGUAAAAAUUAUUCUCUCAAAGUAGUCACUUGACGAAUCACAGACAUUCAUUCAGGAGAGAAGCCAUAUCAUUGUGAUAUUGAUGGAAAAUCUUUGUUUUGCAAUAGCCAAUAAACGUAUUCAUACUGGGAAAAAGACAUAUCAGUUAUAUAUAUAUAUAUAUAAAUCAUUUUCUGGAAAUAGCACUUAAGCUUGUCACACAUAUAUUCACACAGGCCAGAAGCCAGAUUGUUGUGAUACCUGUGGUAAAUUAUUCACUAAAAAUGUUGAUGUAACUAAUCACAAUUGGAUACAUCCUGGAGAAAUUAUUUUCUGAUGUCAGUUACUUAAAAAGACUCAAAUUUAUUCAUACAGGAGAGAAGCCAUAUUGUGAUAUCUGUGGUAGUCAUUCUCUCAAAUGUGUGCUUUGACUAGACACAAACACACACAUAUAGGAGAGAAGCCAUAACAUUGCAAUACCUGUGGUAAUUCAGUUUUGAAAAUGAUGUUUUAACUAUACAUGAACAUGUUCAUACCAGAGAGAAAAUAUGCAUUGUCAAAUCUUGUGGUAAAUCAUU